CCGCGUGUUGUUGACAGCUGACUGUGUAGUGGGUGGUACUAACGACUAUUAUCUGUUUAAACUGUUUCAAACCUGAUAGCACAAUAAUCUGUAGGCAGCUUUGUGAAUCAUACUACUGUUUAGGCACUGAUAAUCGUUUACACCAUAACAUGGCUGAGACGGAUCCCAAGUCUGUGCAGGACCUGACCAAUGUGGUCCAGACUCUGCUGCAACAGAUGCAGGAUAAAUUCCAGACCAUGUCAGACCAGAUUAUUGGGAGGAUUGAUGAGAUGAGCACACGCAUCGAUGACUUGGAAAAAAACAUUGCAGACCUAAUGACCCAGGCUGGUGUUGAAGAGAUCGAAGCAUCACCCGAAAAGGCUAAAGAGGGUCAAGGCUCCUAAUGAAGGUUCCUAAGUAACAAGACAUGAAGUCAGUCCUAAUUUCAGGAGCAGCAGACUUUUCCCCAUUCUAAAAAUGACUUCUAUUGAUUUGAUGUGUCAUUGUGUGAAAUGCUUUUUUAUAUAUAUAUAUAGUAUUGUGGUAAAUGGUUAACAGUUAUGUAAUGACUUGAAAAGUUGAACGUUACUUGUAAGCUAGAAUAGUGUUAAGCACCAUUCAGAACUUAAAAUGCUCAUCUGCAGGAACGUGACUUGUGGAGUUAGGACACAGUCCUGGAGGUUGUUUAGCUGCCAUCGCAUAUAAUUAAUUUAGACCCAUUGAGGUUCUGGCUGAUGGGGCCAGUUUUACCCCAGUCUGUGCUGAGCAGAUCCCACAGGUAACAGGCCAGUAGAACCUCCAUCCCUACCAACCUGGGAGACGGUGAACAUUUUCACGUUUGCAGUGUAAUACAAAUGGCACUGAUGCUAGGUGUGGGAUGCAUUCCAAUUCUUCUUCAUUUCUUCUAUGAACGCUAUUUAAUACAAUACUGUUUGUCAUGUAUUACAUAAAUGUUUGGCCAGGUGCUGAGUGAAUUUUUAGAAAUAAAUUAACUCUGAGGUG